AUGGAAAAUAUUAUAUGUGUUCUAGGAUCUGACCUUCAGGUUUGCAUAUCCAAAAGCCCCACAUGUUGUACCAAGAAGAUGGAGGAAGAAUAUCAAGUUGCAGCAAGCCAAGAUAUGCGGCACGUGCUUCAAACAUCCAGCUCUACGUUAAAAUCUCUAAUAUCUCAAAAUGCAGCUGCUUUCCAAGAAACUCUUGAAGCGCUCAUCAAACAAGCAGAAAACCACACAAGUAUAGUCUUUUGCAACACCUAUCCAACCAUAGCCUCAGAGGCUGCUGCUUCGGUUCGAGCGUUCUUCACUGAUGUGGGACUCUUUGUGUUUGGUGCGGAUGUUAACCCUGAAGCAUUUGUGCACAGAUUCUUCGACAGUCUUUUUCCUCUGGUUUACAGCCGUCUGAUUAACCCUGGUGUGACCCGCAGUUCUGUGGAAUAUUCAGAAUGUGUCCGCUUGGCCCGUCAAGAUGUUAGGCCAUUUGGAAAUAUUCCCCAGAGGGUCAUGGGACAAAUGGGGAGGUCUCUGCUGCCUGGCCGCAUAUUCCUGCAGGCCCUCAAUCUAGGCAUCGAAGUCAUCAACACCACAGACCACCUGCCGUUCUCCAAAGACUGCAGCAGAGCUCUCCUGAAGAUGCGCUACUGUGCUCACUGCCAGGGUCGGACGCCCAGGAAGCCCUGUAUGGGCUACUGCCUCAAUGUCCUGCGAGGCUGCUUGGCACAAGUGGUGGAGCUUAAUCCCCAUUGGCAUGCGUACAUCCGGUCACUGGAAGAGCUAUCCGAUGCGAUGCAUGGACCACAUGACAUUGAACACGUGCUCCUGGACUUCCACAUGCUUGUGCGUGAUGCUGUCAUGCAGGCUCACCUUACUGGACAACAACUAUCUGAACAGAUAACUAAGAUUUGUGGCCAUCCUGUCAGAAGACCCGCACAGAGUGCCCGCUGUUCUUUGAAUUGGAGCACAGUGAAGCAUGGAGCGAAGAUCUCUGUACGAAAUGCAGGGAUGCUUGCCAACAGAAGAAAAGAGUUUAUCAACAGCCUUCGGUUGUUCUCGACUUUCUAUGGAGGCCUAGCAGAUCAGCUUUGUGUUAAUGAAGUAGCGGCCGCUGACGGACUACCGUGCUGGAAUGGAGAAGGUGUUGUAAAAAGUUAUACUCAGCAAGUGGUUGGAAAUGGAAUCAAGGCCCAAUCUGGAAAUCCUGAAGUAAAAGUCAAAGGAUUUGAUCCUGUCAUUAAUCAGAUUAUUGAUAAACUGAAGCAUGUUAACCAGUUGUUACAGGGUCAGAUGACACCCAAACCCGACAAGUGGGAACUUCUGCAGCUGGGUAGUGGCGGUGGCCUGAGCGAACAGCUCAGCGGGGAUUGUGACGAUGAAGAUGGCUGUGGGGGAUCUGGAAGUGGAGAAGUCAAAAGGACCCUGAAAAUCACAGACUGUGAGUGCACGAUUCUAACGCUAAUUUAA